AAGCGGCGCCUGCGCUCUUCAAUUAAAAAGAUCAUGGACGCGUUUUCUCAGUGAAACCCACAUGGUGAUCCACAGACUGUGGCGCUUCAGGAAUACACUAGUAACGAGUUAAAACAAUGGGGAAAAGCAAGUCGAGGAAGUUUAAAAGACCCCAGUUCUCCCCGAACAGCAAACAUGUUAAUAAUGCAGGAGAGGCGGAGACAGAGGAAGGGGAAGGUUUCUCCCCAGCCGGCGAUUUACUAGAAAAAUUGCAGAGUCCCAGUCCGGAUAUUCGGGAAUUUGCCUGUGCCAGCAUCUCACGGCUGGUCCAGCAGACCCAGGUCAUCCCCUCCUUCCUCCAGAGGGACGUGGUCCGGUGCCUGGGACCCAUGCUGCUGGACAAGAGCUUUGCUGUGCGGGAGACCGCUGCAGGGGCUCUCAGGAAUCUGAGUGUGUGUGGCGGCUUCGAGGUGUGUGAGGACAUGGUGAAGCAGGACGUCAUGACGCCCCUUGUAGCUCUGCUGAAGGAGUGCAGUGCUGGAUUUCUUUCCAACUCAGUUCCGUUGCCAAAGUCUAAAGAUGAGCAGAAAAACUACACAGAAGACGUAGCCAAUGAGGCUAUAAACCUGCUGUGGAACGUGUGUGAAAGCAGCAGCAGGGCUGUGUCGGUAUUCAGUAAGGAAGGCUUGCUGGACGUUGUCAUGUCGUGUCUCGAGAGACAUUGUGAAAACGUGGAGCUGGCAGUUUCUGCAGCCUACUGUCUGCAGACAGUGACCGAGGACAACCCUGAGCUCCUGUGCCGCUUGACGCCGUCAUCUCUGCAGGUUCUGGAGUCGGUCAUGAUGUCUUCACAAAGCACCAUGGAGCACCUUCUUCUCAGGACUCUGGCUGCAGGUUGCGUUUGGAAUCUGAAGAGCGCGCUCCCCUCCUCGAGCCAGGCAGGGACUCUGAGCGCUGUGAUGAGGAUUCUCUCCCACACUCUGGAGGUGGAUGCAGGACAGGCCAUCCUAGAGCUGAAAGAGCAGGAGUCCCGGAGACGAGAAGAGGGGGUGGAGAGGGAGGUGCAGCCCUGCAGCGACCGGCCGGGGGAGGGGGACGGCAUGGAGGAGGGCAACGCGGAAAGGGGCAAACCCAACAGCAGCGCUGACAACGACAUCUCUGAUUUGCUCCCACCAAAGAACGAAGAAGUGAAGCAAGCCAUGGCCUUGUUAUCGGCACAGCAGACCAGCCUGGAGAUCAUCGUCAACAUGUGCUGUUCUGAUGAUCCCUCUGAUGAUGAGUGGGAGGAGCUGUCCAGCAGUGAUGAGAGUGACAUGUGUGCGGAGAGCUCUCUGUGUGAGUCCAGCGGUGCCCAGGUGCUGUCUCCGCUGUGCCUGUCUGCGGAGAUCCACGCCGCACUCAUCAGCUUCCUCCUCCCAGAGAAGGUUCUGAAGAAGACGGAAUUCCCCAGCAGUGCUGCUCUAGACACCUGUAUGAAGUGUCCAGCCUGGAAGAGUUUAGUUAAAAAGAUGCAACGGGUCCAGUGCAGAGCUCUGUUCUGCCUCCACAACAUGCUGUCAGUCAUGGAGGGAGAGGCGCUGGGGGGCGUGGUCGCUCUCCAGGCUCUCGCGGAGCACCUGUCCCAGCUCGUCUUCUCCCAGCCAGAGAUUCCUAAGGAAGACGAGUUUCUGGAGGCUGUCACCAGUGCACUGAGGUCUCUGCUGCAGAUAAUGGCCUCUAGAAAUAUACCUCAGUGCAUGAGCCCCCAGCAGCUGAUUGGCCUGUGCGAGGCGGCGGCUCAGUGCAGUCACACCAGCGUGCGGGUCAACGCCAUCGCCAUCCUGGGGAUUACUGGCAGCACGCUGGCCAAGCAGCACCACACUGCAGGCAAGCUGCAGAUGAUUGGAAGUUUCCUCCUGCAAGUGGCGACGAAGGACCCCAGUCUGGUGGGGACGGGGGAGGCGUUGGACGCCAUCUUCGAUGUGUUUGCUGAUGGAGUGGAGGCUGAGCGAGCGGCCCGCCACAUCAAACUGCUUCCAGCGCUGAGAACUCUGCAGCCUGUCUUCAAAGCAAAGAUGCGGAAGGAAGGCAGGGAGAAGUACAGCCCUGAUCAGCUGUGUGUCCUGCACAAUGUGAAAGUGAAUCUGAGGAGGUUUAUCUCUUACCUGGAGACCCUGGAGAAGAAACCCAACCCAUAACGUUGCUGCAGACUCACUUUUCUUUUCACUUUUAUUUGCUGGUUUGUUUACUAAUAGUUAUCUUUUAUUCGGUACCAUACCUGUGCAGCAAACCGCUGCAUUGAAUUGUUUUACACCACACUUUCAAACAGGGAAACAUAUAUAAUAAUUUGGGUGGAUUGCAAUAUUACGUUGAUUUCUAAAAUGUAUCCUUUCAGGAAUAAACCAGUUAUUUUCAAA